AUGUUCCAGCUGUUGGCGUUGGUCGCGGUACUGUUCCUGCUGUACCGCUGGAGUGUGGCGACGUACGAUUACUUCGAGAAGCGAAAGAUACCGUACGUAAAACCGGUGCCCUUCUUCGGUCAGCUACUCUCGUUCUUUGCGCGAACCAAACAUGCGACCGUCAUCACGUCCGAGGGUUACGAGAUGUUCCCAAACACCCGGGUUUCGGGGGCAUUUACGUUGCGAACCCCACGCUAUCUUGUGCACGACCCGGUUCUGUACAAGCAGAUGGCCAUCAAGGACUUUGACCAUUUCUCCGAUCACAUAUCCAAACUUUCCCUCGAGGACGAUCCGCUGCUGGCUCGGUCACUGUUCUUCACCAAUGGCCCCCGCUGGCGGCACCAUCGCUCCGGCCUCAGUCCCGCCUUUACCGGCAGCAAGAUGCGGAACAUGUUUGGGCUACUGUCCAAAAGUGCCGGAGACGCCGUCCAACGGCUGGUAGUGUCGCAGCAGCGCAAACCUAGCCCACUGGAGUUGCGCGAUCUGUACUCGCGGCUCGGGAACGAUGCGAUGACGUCGAUCUCGUUCGGUGUCGAGGUUGACUCGCUCUCCGACCCGAACAAUGAGUUCUUCGCAAAAGGAGCGCGCUUAGCCAAGAUUGAUGGAGCGCCCGGGUUCAAGUUUGCCCUGUCCGCAAUCCUGCCCGACGCGUACAGCUUUUUACGAUGUGCGAUCUUAGAUAAGGAUGUGAACGACUUCUACUUGGACGCCGUUUCGCAAAACAUUCGGUACCGCGAGGAGAACAAAAUUACCCGACCCGACUUUAUCCAUCUGCUGCUGCAGGCCCGCAAAGACGAGCUAAGACCGGAGAAAGCCGAAGACGAAGCGUUGGAAAAUGCCGGACUUUCCACCGCCGAAACACACACGAUCGUGCAGCAGCAGGGCGAUGUAAAGCUCAAGUGGGACGAUAUCGAUAUUACGGCCGCCGGUGUAUCCUUCUUUUUCGGAGGCAUCGAAACAACGACCACUCUGCUGUGUUUUGCGAGCUACGAACUGGCCAUCAAUCCGUCGAUCCAGGCACGACUGAGGGCAGAAAUUGAUGAGGUACGCGCCGAGUUACCGGACGGAAAAACACCGACUUAUGAGGUGCUCCAGAAAAUGCAAUAUAUGGACCUGGUUGUAUCGGAAACUCUGCGCCGUUGGGUACCUUUUGGCAUCACCAACCGGCAGUGCACGAAGGAUUACACAUUCACCAACACCGAUGGCACGGAGAUCACCAUCGAGAAGGGAAUGAACAUUACGAUUCCGAUCAAUUCGUACCACUUGGAUCCGAAAUUCUUCCCCGACCCGCUGCGCUUCGAUCCGGAGCGCUUCACGGACCCGGCGCGCUUCAACAAGGAUGCGUACGUUCCGUUCGGGGCUGGUAUGCGCAACUGCAUCGGCUCCCGUUUGGCGCUGAUGCAAGCAAAAUGCAUCCUGUUUCAUGUGCUUUCCAACUUCACCAUCGAACCGCAUCACAAAAUGGCCAUCCCGGUCGUGAUCGACGUAACUUCGGUCGGUUUGAAUGCCAAGGGUGGCUUCUGGAUGAAGUUGGUACCGAAACAGGUAUAGACCGGAAUUUGAAUACCCGGCACGUGGCAAGGAGAGCAAUUGACGGAUUGACGGCUGCUGAGGAAGACAGUGAGCAAACGAAGAAGCAUCCCAUUUGCUUGCGAUAAGAUAGCAUUACAAUGCCAGGGUCAGCCGAUAACGAACGUCUGUCUUUACGAUUCAAAUUACUGUGGACUUUGCUAGUAUUGCAUUCUUUUAGCAACAGA